ACUGCUCUGAACACGCCCCCCUCUCUCUAGUCUCUCUUUUCGUCUCUCUCUGCAGCUUCAAACUAAGUUUCCUGUACAUUUUAUGACUUUUGAGGUGUUGAACACCCAAUGAUUGUUUUCGUUGUGUUUUUCUUUGGUGUAAGAAUCUGUAUCGAGACAUUGCUCCGGCGUGGAUUUGAAGAUUAACAGUAUAACUUCUCCAAGAUGUCACCUGUGAAAGGCUGGACAGUGACGCUGCUGCUGCUGCUCCUCUGCUCAGCACACACACCACACUCUGGGCUCGUGGUUGCCCAGGAGGACCUGACUGAGGCAGAUGCAGAACUUCAUGCCAGACGUCAUGAGGCUGUGGGUGAUGAAGAAGCUGGAACCAGAGACGCUGAUGAAGAGGUAGCAGAGGAGGAAGGAGAUGAAGAGUCAGAUGAGGAGGAUGAGACUGUGAGACAAGAGGCAGAAGAGGAAGAAGAGGAGGAGGCCUCUGAUGAUGAAGAUGCUGAGGAAGAGGAGGCUGAUGAUGAUGAUGAUGACGAGGAGGAAGAGACCUCUGAUGAUGAGGAGGAGGAAGAAGAAGAGACCUCUGAUGGGGAUGCUCCUGAGGAAGAGGAGGCUGAUGAUGAUGAUGACGAGAAGGAAGAGACCUCUGAUGAUGAGGAAGAGGAAGAAGAGACCUCUGAUGAGGAUGCUCCUGAGGAAGAGGAGUCUGAUGAUGAUGAGGAGGAAGAGACCUCUGAUGGGGAUGCUCCUGAGGAAGAGGAGUCUGAUGAUGAUGAUGAUGAUGAUAAGGAGGAAGAGACCUCUGAUGAUGAUGAGGAGAAAGAAGAGACUUUUGAGGACGGAGAUGAAGUGACUGCUGAGGAUGAUGAGGCCAAUGAGGAUGAGGAGGCAGAAAAAGAGGAAGAGGAGGAGGAUGGUGAGGCGGCAGAGGAGGGAGAGGAUUCUGAUGACGAGGAGGAAGACGAUGAGGACAUGGAGGCAAACACAGCUGAGAGUGAGGGAGAGGAGGAGGCUGAAGAUGCUGCUGAGGAAGAAGAGGAUGAAGCUGAGGAAGAUGGUGAUGAGGCUGAAGGUGACGACACGAGGGAAGAAGAGGAGGCUGACGGUGAAGCGGUGCAGUUCCGCUCCGGCUCUCUGUGCAGCAUCUGCUCCAUUUGUAAGCACUGCUCUGAGGACUGCGACAUGUGUCCAUGUGAAGAGGGAGAAGAGUCAGAUUACUGUGAGCACUGCCGGCAGGAGUGCUCUUCCUGCUACCUUUGCCCCAUACUGUGUGACACCAUUUGCACGGCAGGUGGCCUCGUCGAUGAGAUCACAGGAUCCCUCUAUCAGAGCGUGGCCUCCCUCCUUUGAGCACCGUGGAACACUUUGCCGACAUCCUGUGGUCACAAUCUGGCUGCCUGCAACAAACCGGACCGUUUCAGUUUCUAACGACCUUUUCACUUUGUAGGCUUCAACUUCCUUUCCUUCAUUUUAUGGCCCAAAUAAUUAUUGUAUAGUUUCCAAUGCAAAACGCAGUGUAUUUGUGACAAAGUUAUUGUGAAACGCUUUUUAGCUGAGAGGGAAAUAUUUGUGGCCCAGUCUCGUGUGGGGUAUCGGGGGUAUCGGGUCCGACGCUGCUCGUAUUUGUCUUUGGAAAACUCUGAUACUGCUGCACCCGAUACCACCUGUGCUCUGCUCGGCUGUCAAGAGGAGGAGGAGGAGGAGGAUGAGGAGAAAAGUAGCUCCUUCAACAUCUAAACAACCAGCACGACACACAGCAAAGGAUUUGCCACUAUCAGUAUUAUUUAUAUAAAUCUGUUCCUAUACUUGUGCUCACGUACAAACGUGGUGUUCCCUGAACAAACAAGGCUCUCCUCUAAGUCCUCUGAGUUCUCUGAGUCUGGAUGUAAAUACCUGGAAAUAAAAGCUGAAAUAUUGA